AUGGCCUGGAUAAUAGGCGGUCCAGGCAGCGGCAAGUCAACGCAGUCACAGAAAAUUGCUCGACAAUACGGCUACGUGCACAUCGAUCCUUCUACUUUAAAAAAAGAGGUGGAAUUUAAGGAAACCAAUGGCAAAACAUUACCAGAAGCAAUGCGGAAAAGUGGAAAUCAAGCGCCAUUGCAUGAUAUUCUUCCGAUGAUCGAACAUAAAGUGUAUAGUGGCAAAAACAAAGGCGUCGUCAUUGAUGGAUAUCCGGGGAGCCUCGAGGAGGCUGGAAUUCUGGAAAGAAGCAUUGGACGGCCUGACAUAGUCAUUGCCUUGGAGGUUGAUGAGGAGACUAGCACUCGACGAAGCACUGCAAAACAGCAAAGCCUCCGUCGUCCAACCUUAUCCGAAUAUGUAGUUGCCUCCAGAGAAGUUAUUCAAAGAUACGAAGAUAUAACAGCGAAAGUGGAUAGCAACCAAGAACCCUAUCGAGUCUUUGAGGUAAUCAAGUUCAAUAUCGAUGCGCUGUACAUGGCCGAAGAGAGACUAUCAAGGGCGAGACGAUCCAACAGUCUGGGGCCACAACAGAAUAUUGCUUAG